AUGGCACAACCCCAUAGCCCGCCAUGCCGCCGAGGGUGGGCAUCACCGAGGGGUCUUAGUGGGUACGAACCCCACACUACCCCCGCUCUUUCAGGUGUUCAUUGCUUUUGCAGUAUGUCUUCUCCUGUUUCUGUCCUUCAAUUAAAUCUCAACAACUGCCGUCUCGCUCAAGACCUCCUGUGGCAGACAGCGGGCGAGCGCUGUGCAGAUUUUGUUUGUGUCUGUGAGCCGUAUGAGAUCAGGAGCGAGUGGCAUGUGAGUUUGGAUUCUAAGUGCGCGAUAUGGUUCCGUCCUUAUUCUUCCUCUGACUUUGAUGUUGUUCAUUGCUCCGGUCGUGGUGAUGGGUUUGUAAUCGUGGAGACUCGCGAUUUUUGUAUAGGGUCGUGCUAUCUUUCCCCAAAUCUUUCAUUCUCCGCUCUCGAUCAUAUUUUGACCGCUUUAUCUUCUUGUGUUCUCCGCUCUUCCAAGCCUUUCAUGCUCUGUGGCGAUUUUAAUGCUCGCUCUCCUGCAUGGGGGUCCGAAUCCCUAGAUUCUCGCGGUCGUCUUCUCGAAUUACUUUUUUCCGAGCUAGGUAUUGAUCCCGUCUGCAGUGACGGUGGCCCUUCAUUUCACCGCGGUGCUUAUUCCUCUAGGAUAGAUUUUGCUGUUGGUUCCCCCAUCUUAUUAUCUCGUUUAACUCGCUCCACUGUGUUUCCAGAUUUUACUGGUUCUGACCAUUCCUCUUUGUUGCAUAACUUUUCGUUCUCCUCCCCUGCUCUUGUUUCCCCUAGUUCUUCCUCAUCUUCAUCUGGUUUUCCCUGGUUGCCUCGUUCAGGUCCUAUCGACCUUGACGUAUGGUUUGAGUCUCUCUCGUCCUCCGCUUUUUGCACUCGCGAUUUCUCCGAUUCGUCUCAAUUCUUCUCGCGAGCUGAGAUUGACUCUGAAUUGUCUUGUCUCCAAUCUCUGUUUGACUCGUCGCGCCCUUCACUCCCCUUGCGCCGUAAGAGACGUCGCGAUGCUCCUUGGUGGAGUGAAGAGCUGGCCCUUUUGCGUCGCGAGACCCGGAAAACGAGUGAUCUGUAUCGUUAUACCCUUUCUCGCGAUCCUGCACUCGCUUCCGAGCUUGCUCUUCCCGCCUAUCUUAUGCCUCGUCGUACCUUUCGCUCGCUCCUGUGCCGCCGAAAGAACGAAUGCUUUCAGGAGAUGGUAGGCGAAGUUCGUUCUGACGUAUGGGGCCGGCCAUAUAAAACUAUGAUGAAAAAACUGCGCGGUGACCAGCCUCCAGUGUCUCUCAACCGCGAGGAAUUUCGUCUUGCGAUGCAGGCUCUCUUCGUCUGUGUGCCGGAUCCCGCACAGGUUCGGAAUUUCUCGCCUGCCAAUUCCUCUUUUCUCCCCAUUUCUGAGGAGCCUGCCUCUCUUGUUCCCAAUCCUGGUGCAUCCUCUACUCUUCCUGCUGUGUCUUCUGCGUCUUCUUCUUUCCCUCAUGUCCCUUUUCCAGGGUUCUCAACUUCUCUGCCUGCUUUACCUCCUUCUUUGGUUCACAAUUCUUUCAUAAAUCCCGAUGGCUCCGAUAUUCCUAUUUGUCCUCUUACCGUCGCCUACUCUCUAGCUCGCAUCGGCCCCAAAAAGGUCCCGGGUCCUGAUGGCAUGACGGGUGAGGUCAUACGUGUCAUUGGUAGAGUAGCCCUCACUUGGCUAACCAAGCUUUUCAAUUCUUGUUACUCGCAGGGCUAUUUUCCUUCCGCUUGGAAGAGCGGUCGUUUGGUGUUGAUUCCUAAGGCCAAUAAGCCUUAUACUUCUCUUGGCGAUUUGCGCCCUCUCUGCAUGUUGCCUCAUUUAAGUAAGGGUUUCGAAUAUUGUAUCCGGGAGCGUCUCUUGGAGGCGGUUCGCGUUUCCGGUGGUUUUUCCCCUCGUCAGUUCGGUUUUUUAUCUGGCCGCUCCACCAUGCAAGCGAUGCGCGUGGUUACUUCUGAAUGGGAUCGCGCUCGCUCCUCCAACUGUCACUGCCUUCUUGUGACGUUGGACGUAAAGAAUGCCUUCAACACCUUGAAAUGGGAAAAUAUACUCCGCGCCGCAGUGUCACGGAAUUUCCCACCUUCCCUCAUUCGUGUUCUUGAUAGUUAUCUUUCGAAUCGUCAGGUUGGAACCUUCCUUUUUGAUGGCAGCUGGAUUGAAGUACCAGUUUUCGCCGGUGUUCCCCAGGGCUCUGUUCUUGGUCCACUUUUAUGGAUUUUAGCUUAG